AUGAAGAGCUUCUUGCUGCUAACCGCUCUCCUUGUACCUGUGCACCUGGUGACGGCCUGGAGCACCAAGUAUGCGGUGGAUUGCCCUGAACGUUGUGACAGUAACAAUUGCAAAAGCAGCCUGAGCUGCAAGAGGACAGUGCUCGACGACUGUGGCUGCUGUCGCGUGUGUGCCGCAGGGCUGGGCGAAACUUGCUACCGCACAGUCUCGGGCAUGGAUGGCGUCAAGUGUGGCCCGGGGCUAAGGUGUCAGUUUUACAGUGAGGAGGAUGAUUUUGGUGACGAGUUUGGUAUCUGCAAAGACUGCCCCUACGGCACCUUUGGAAUGGAAUGCAAAGAGACCUGCAGCUGUCCUUCAGGCAUAUGUGACAGGGAGACCGGCAAAUGCCUCAAAUUUCCCUUCUUCCAAUAUUCAGUAGCCAAGUCCUCCAACAGGAGAUUUGUUUCUCACACAGAGCAUGAUGUGGCAUCUGGAGAUGGAAAUGCUGUGAGGGAAGAAAUUGUGAAAGAGAAUGCGGCCCGCUCUCCUGUAAUGAAAUGGUUAAACCCACGCUGAUACUGAUGGGAUUUCCAAGUGAAGGCAUUACUUUCAUGAUUGUUCAACACACAGGCAACAUUUAGGAACUGUCUAGAUUAUAGCAUAUGGACGUAUAAUUUUUGGAGACCAAUUGCAAUUCAGGGUGGGCCCAGAGGAAAAGAAGUAGGCUACUUGCAAUCUGUAAAAUGCAUAUGACUGAACACUUUUAGAUAUUUGUUGACUAUCUGAAUGCUGAACAUAUAGAUUUGUUAAGUAUGUGUAUAGUAUUACUGAAGAACUACGAACGUCAUUUAGAUCACGUUAACAUGAAGGCAGGUCAGUCAAAGCGAAAUCUAGCCAAAGCCGAAGAGCAUGGUGAGCCUGAGUGUUCUUUGACUGGGAUGUACAUUAAUGUUGGGAUGCAGGAUGAAGGAAGAGUUAGGAGCAAGGGAAGGUGGGGGUGGGGGCACAGGAGUAUAAUAUUUAGCUCUUCUUUGUGGCAGUUUCAAUAGAAUUUAAAUGUGCUUUUUUACUUUGGGAGAAGUCAGACCAAAACAACCAGAAAACCCCUGAAGGAAGUGGGAUGUUUGAAGCUGGUGGGAAUUUGAGUAACCGCCUUGAAUUGAGGCUGGUUUCAAAGGGCUGCUAAUGUCGUCCCCAGGUUACGUGUAUCUGAGGGAUGAUUCUGUGGCAGAUGGCAAGCAUACACUUCCAUACAUGGUUUUAAAGAAU